CUUGCCUCUUCAUUCAUCUUUGCCCCACCAUUCCAAACCUCGAGAUGGCUCCGAUUUCCUCUGAUAUUGUUCCUCUGAACGCUGGGCGGAUCAAGCGACUGUAUGGGCCCGUUCGCUUCCAAGCAGGCCUCACCAAUAUGCUUGUUUCCCAAGGCAGCACGACGGCAUCGGAUCUUGACACGACAGAGGGUAAAUCUUUCCAGGGCAUCUAUUUCUGCUUCGUCAACAAGCUGGGGCAAAUCUGCGACUUCAAACGCGGCGGCGACACGGUCACAGCCUUUGCCGUGCUCCAGCCGGGCUCCAUCGAGUACCAUUUCACCAUGAACAAAGCAUCAGCCGGGAUUCUUCAGACUGUCACCACUUACGUUGAAGGCAUACUCGAGACUCUGAAUAGUACCUCAGAUGAAGUUGUGAUGACGGCCGACCAGAACUCGCCAAUCUUCAUAGACAUUCGGCGAAGGGUCAUCCGCUUCAAUCGUCCCCGGAUCAGGUGGUACAUUAAGCAGAUCAGCAAGUACGUUGGGCUUUGCAUCAACAGCUCCGAUGCAGACGGAACCAGCGAUGGCGCGUCUGUCUCGCGGCACCUCAGAGUCCUUCAGCAGCUGUCCGCAUUUGUGCAACAGACUGAAGAGAACCUCGAUUUUGUUGACCACGGCCAGAAGCUCCUCGAAGCUCUGCGCGAGCGCUAUCGUCCGCUCGAUCGGUAUAUGCGUUCAAAGCUGAGUGUAAGUGAAGACGACACAGCCAUCAGCGACAGUCCAUGGGUCAAGCUUCGCCACCCGAUUGGCCGCCUCCAAUCAUACAACGUGGCAGUCAAGGUCCUGAUCUCGGUCCGCCACCAACUGCCCCGGCUGUUUUCCCAAUUCAGCGUCGUCGCCGUCCCCCCGGCCGCCGAGACCGAGGCUCCGAACAUCAACGUCCAGGCAAACACCAUCAUCGGGAAAAUGACAAACGACAAAGCCAAGAUCGAGAGCCAUCGCCUCAACGCCGAGAAGCUGCAGGCCAUGGGACUGGACAGGAACAUCAAGGAGGCCAACGAGAAGGUCACAAAGCUCAAAGUGCAUGCCGAAGUCAAUCUCCUCGACUCCAUCCUCCGCGACAGCCGCGAAGAGCCCGUGCCGUUCUACAACGAAGGCAGGUUCGGCCGCUACAUUGGCUGCAGCAAGCCGACGUGCCAGCUCUGCCAUCUGUAUUUCGGGGCGCAUCCGGCCCGCGUCACCGUGCGGACCACACACCACAACCUGUAUCCCGGCUGGCGCACCCCCGACGUGUACGUCUCCGACGGCCCCGCGGCCGCGGCGCGGCGCGACAAGAUCGUCGAGCAGAUGAUCCUCGGCAUCCGGCAGGUGACGUUCGACUCUAUCCAGACCAUGGCGGCGCCGUGGCGCCACAGCGACUCGGGCGACACGGCCACCAACCCCUUCGUCAGCACGCUAUCGACGGCGGGCUCUGUGGUGCGCACCGCCACCCGGAUGUCGCAGGCGGCUACACCAGUGCCAGGCCGCGGUAGAAUUGAUGAGCAUGAAGAUGACGAUGUCUUUGAUGACCUCGCGUCCAAAAUGGGGCAGCUCGAUGUGCAGUCUGUGAGGGAUCUUAGCAGCGAGUCAGAGGAAGAAGGAGACUCGAUUGAUCGGGAUGAGGAUGAGGAUGAGGAUGAGGACGAGGGGUGGGACGAGGUGACCCAGGGCACGGGUAGCCAUGAAGAAGACGAGUCUGACCCGACGAGUGACGACGAGGAAGGCGGCUCCGGGUUGUGAGGGCUUGAAAGUCCGGGAACCUGAGACUAUUUGAGUGGUCGCAUUUGAAGUUACAUUUUGCGGGUUCUCUAUAAUUCGUCUGGCCGGGUCUUACCUGGUUAGAACAUCAGUACGUAAGGUAAUUAAGGUACUGAUCAGACAUUUACAUAUAU